AAGAGAGUGAGAAAGAAAGGAAGACAGAGAGAGAGAGGGAGGGAGAGAUAACAGGAGAGCAAAGUGGAGAGAGAGAAGGAGGAGCAACUGAGAGAAGAGAAAAGACAGAGAGGCAGAGAGCUCCAGUCACUUCAGUGAGAGGUGUUAAGACAGAGAGAAAGAGGAGUGAAGCAGACGAAAGGAAUCAGGGAGAGAGAGAGAGAGAAAAAAAGAGAGAAAGUAAAGAGAAGAAAAAGAUAUAAAGAGCAAAGUAAAAGUUGUUUCUUGGCUGGGAAUCCAUCCAGCAGACUGCAGAGACUUCAGUUUGUGCCCAAGUGAAUGAACAAAACCAGUGUGACUGGGAGUGUACUGGGAGGACAGACUGGUUUUCUACCCACAGUGAGCAGACUGCCAAACACCAUGGCUGACAACGUGAAUGAGGAGUCAGAUUAUACCCCGGGGAAAGAUGAGAUGGACUGGGGCUAUGAAGAAGAGUGGGGACUCCAUUUCCCAGCAGCCAACGGCGAGUACCAGUCUCCAAUUAACUUAAACUCCAGGGAGGCCCAGUACGACCCGUCCCUCCUAGACGUCGGCUUAUCACCAAACUACGUGGUGUGUCGAGACUGUGAGGUCAUCAAUGAUGGACACACUGUCCGCAUCAUUCUCAAGUCCAAGUCAGUGGUUACAGGGGGUCCACUGCCCAGUGAUCACGAGUAUGAGCUUCAUGAGGUUCGAUUCCAUUGGGGCAAAGAGAACCAGAGAGGAUCAGAGCACACUGUCAACUUCAAGGCUUUCCCCAUGGAGCUCCAUCUGAUUCACUGGAACAGCACUCUGUUUAACACUUUGGAGGAUGCUCUGGGGAAGAAGAAUGGAGUCCUCAUCAUAGCUCUUUUUGUGCAGAUUGGUAAGGAACAUCUGGGUCUGAAGGCCAUCACUGAAGUUCUGCAGGACCUGCAGUACAAGGGGAAGAGCAAAAUAAUCCCAUGCUUCAACCCCAACACUCUGUUACCUGACCCAUUACUGAGAGACUAUUGGGUGUAUGAAGGAUCUCUAACAACCCCACCUUGCAGCGAAAAUGUCACCUGGAUCCUCUACCGUUACCCUCUCACCAUCUCACAAUUGCAGAUUGAGGAGUUUCGGAGGCUGCGGUCCCACGUUAAAGGGGCUGAGCUGCCAGAGGGGAAUGAUGGGAUGUUGGGGGACAACUUCCGUCCCACCCAGCCACUCAGUGACCGGACGGUUCGUGCUGCCUUCCAGUGACUCUCAGUCACCAUUUCCAACCUCCAAACAAUGGCACCUACAGAUACAAGUAUAAAAGGAGAGAAGAAAGACGAGGUGUGAAGAGAGGGACAGGAGGAGAGAGGGAGAGUUGAUGUGGUUGUAGAUCAGCAGCAGACUGAAGGUGGACAAACAAACUGUUGCUAGUACACCUUCAGUAUGUGCUCCUGUUUGUUUGUAUGUGUGUCUGUGUGUAUAGGUGUGGUGUUCACUUUCAGCACACACCCCCGCCUUUCUGUGUGUGUCUUUAUUCUUACUGUAUGUGUGUGUGUGAGUGUAACACCUUCCCUAUAUUACCAUGUUAAUCUGCUGUGUGUGUGUGUUUCUGUGUGUCCUGAUCAGAUGAUAGGAGGCUUUAUAACCAGACUGUCUGUACUGUCAAAACAAGAGCAAACAUGAACCACAGAUGAACCUCCACACACACACACACACACACACACACACACACACACACACACACACACACACACACACACACACACACACACACACACACAAAGACAGUGUGACAGAGCAUGACAGAGACACUGAGACACAGCCAUACAGCUUCCACACAUGUGCUGUAUACACCAGCUGUUAUCAUGUGUUACAGGCUGUCACAGUUUACAAACUGAUCUAACUGAAUAUUUCAUUUUGAGUCAGAUAAAUGGACAUGAAAGGGAAACAUUACAUUAUAAAGCCUUAUAUAUAUAAGUAUAUAAGGGAAUAUUAGUAUGAACCAGUGAGUAGCAGGUUGGCUUCACACUGACAGAUGGAAGUGAUUGUCAUCCACUGAAGUGCUUUGUGUGGUAUAUUUUCCUUUUAAUGAGUAUGUUAAGAUUAGUUAGGUGAUAUUCUGGUGAUGAAGUGGAUGAUAGUGAGAAUAGCACUAAGUCAGUAGGUAUGGUUGAAACAUACCACAUCUACUCAACAGAUUAAGUUUAAGCCAAACUGACAUGACAUGAAGUCUGGGCGGAGAAGCGUCCUCCUGCUGUGUCUGUGUGUCUGGUGUCUUUGAAGAAUGUGAAAAAAAAAGUCAACACACUUUAAUAUUUUUCAAACUAGAAAUGUCCCCAAUUCUUUAGCUGUUAUAAAGCAUCUUACAGCAGCAAGUGUUUGCUUCAUAUCAUACAGACUGUAAUUACCAGCAGAUAAUCCAUUCACAUCAGCCUCCUGGUUGUAAGUCAGAGGAGGGGGAUAGUAAUUUCUGACAGUAAACUCCCACUUAAUGAAAAGAAGCACAGAAAACAAACCUGGGGAAAAUGAAGAAAAAAAGAACAAAUCAGAUCAAAUCAGCUCAUUAAACAGGAGCUGGUUCCUGGUUUCAUUAGUUAAGAUAAGAACUGCUACAAGUGUCUAACAUGAUGAAAACAACUGAUUUAGGCUUCAUUUCUGUGGUUUGAAUAAUGAGUGAAUUUGCCCAAGUUUAAACUGACAGUGACAUGUUGUAAAUGUUACAUGAACUCAGCUCAGUGUCCCACUGAACAGUUCAGUUUCAUUGUUUCUCAUCAUGGUGGGAUCAAGGUUCAAGCACAUGGAGGUGAUUCUCUGAUAUGAUUCCAUGUGUUGGUGAGAUGUUCCUCAUUGUCAUUGUUGACAGUCAAAUACAGCCUUUCCCGGAAACGUCUGACAUUUCAUUUCUUGUGUUUAUUCAGCAAACAACAUUCAAACUGGGUUAGACGAGCUUAAACUUAAACAUCAUGUUGAAUAUAAACCUUCAUAUUCAUGGAAGCUUUGUUCUUUUGGACUCCAGCUCCCUCCAUCAGAUCUCCUGCUAAAGUGUUGAUUAAAAUCAGGUGAGGUUCACCAUGUUGGGUUGAAAAUCUCCACAUGUAAAUGUGAAUAUUUCCACCAAAUGUUGCCUGUUAGCAGCUUUUAUACAGAACUGUCAGUGAAACCUACUCUCAUCACUCCCUUCAUAUGGUGUUGUUGUUUCUUUUUGGGUGGGGGAGGGGUUAGAGGCCCUGUCAUGGUGUGUAUGUGUGUGUGUGUGUGUGUGUGUGUGUGUGUGUUUGGUCUCUUUAAGGUACUGUGUCUGACAAACUGAGCUGAAACAAACAGUGAGAUGAUGACUGUUAACGUAAAGCACCAAUAAACUACAACACUGACUAACACACUGAA